AUGGCACCAACAUCUACCACAAUGGCACCAACAACCACGACGGCUGCGCCAACAACCAUGACAGCCGCUCCAACAACAACCACAGAAGCAAGCGUCAACAACAACAGCGGCCCCGACAACCACAAUGGACGCUCCAUCAACCACGACAACUGCUCCAACAACUACCGCAGCGGCGCCGACAACCACGACGAAGCGUCAACAACCACAGAAGCGUCAACAACAACAGCGGCGCCGACAACCUCAACGGACGCUCCAUCAACCACGACAACUGCUCCUACAACUACCACAAUGGCGCCAACAACCACGACAGCCGCUCCAACAACAACCACAGAAGCAUCAACAACAACAGCGGUGGCAACAACCACAACGGAUGCUCCAUCAACCACAACAACUGCUCCAACAACUACCACAAUCGCCGCUCCAUCAACCACGACUCCAACAUCCACAGAAGCGCCAACAACAACAGUCACACCGACAACUACAACGACCUCUCCAACAACCACGACGGUGGCUCCAACAACCACAACAACCGCUCCAACAACCACAACAGCCGUGCGAACAACCACGACGACUGCACCAACAACCACGACAGUCGCUCCAACAACUACCACAACAGCGCCAACAACCACAACAGCUGCUCCAAUCACCACGACAGCAGGGGCAACAACCACUACAGCCACUCCAACAACCACUGUGGUGCCAACAACCACGACGUCUGCACCAACAACAACAGCCACUCCAACAACAACCACAGCGGCGCCGACAACAAUCACGACGGUCGCUCCAACAACCACAACAACCACUCCAACAUCCACAGAAGCGCCAACAACAACAUCAUCGGCACCAACAACCACAACCGCCGCUCCAUCAACCACGACAACUGGUCCAACAACAACCACAGAAGCGCCAACAACC